UUCAAGCAUGGCGGCUGUUGAAAAGCCAGCAGCGGUUACUCCGUGCCCGCAAGUUGGCGCAAAGGACGUAAUCGAGACUUCGCAGAAUGGAAAGGAAAACACGAACGAGAGUCCCAGGGAGAGUCUCUUGGAGAAGCUCCGUGCCAAGGCCAAACACUACAAGCCGUGGGGAGACAUGGCCAAGGCGCUCCGCAUGGCUAUCAUGGAAAAACACCACUUGGUGGACAGUGCCGAGCGCAGCCAGUUGCAGAAGUGCCUUGACAUGAUCCAGAAGUCCAUCAAAGUGACUUCGAUGCAGUCCAUGAUAGAGAGACUGGACACCAUCACACGGCAACAAGGCCUCAUGUUUACGACGGGUCCUGGAGGCCAGGAGUGCUUCAUCAGCUCAGACAUGUUCUAUGUGGAAGUCCUACUGGAGCCCAGUGGAACAGUGAAGGAUGUCAAGAUUUCUCACCACGGAGAUCCCCUGAGCUGUCCCGAGCUGACGCAAGUGCUGUUGCGUGGAGACUUUGCAGAGUUCACUAAACACCUCGAAGGGCUGGCGUCAAUCUACCAGCUGAAUGCAGACAAAAAACAAAAGACCAAGGCAUACCUGGCUCUUCAGGCCCUAGAGACUGACUUGAGUAUCUUGUCGCAGCUGCAAAGCUUCAUGAAUGAGCCAAGCAACCUUGUUCACAAGUCUCCAGUUGGCAUCUUGCAGCCACGCAAAGGAGGGCAUCCUAUGAAGCUCACUUUCUUUAUCUCGCCCUAUGACUUACUCGACGUGGACAGCAAAUCUUCCAUUCCACUGACCGUCGAAGCCAUCCUGGAGAAGGGUCUCGGUCACUCUGUGUCCGUCUGCAUCGAGAGCUCGGGCUCACACAAGCUGCAGACUACGUCACUCAUCAGCGUCACCAACACCCCUGAGGGCAAAAACCUCCCAUCGUUUGCUGCCCUGAGCAACCUGAACAGCACGAUGCUGCCAGCGAGCUUCGUGCUCAAGCUGCCCAAACCAAUCCCCAUGGCUGUGGCAUUGGUUCGCAAGAUACAUGCUGUCACCUUGAUCGAGUGUGCUGACACCAGCACCACACAACCUCUGCUCUCCCUCAUCAUCAACCAGGCAUCCGAGGGGAAGCUCACUGCUUCGAGUGACCGUGGCCUGAACGUGACACUGCCAGACCAGCAGCACUGUUACUACCUGUUGUCGGGGAGCCCCGAACUGCCAGGUGUCAUGGUGUCUGGUGUGCCCUUCACACAUCCUACGCAUGUGCCGCAAAUCUUGGUGUUCCUGCGGCAGCAGCUGCUGUUCAACACGUUGGUGGCCAGCUGUGUGCGCCCCUCUAGCCGACAGAAUGCCGAGAUGUCACACAUGUUCGAGGUGAACACCACAUCUAUAUCAAACAUAAGCAUCUCCUUCGAGCACCCACUAGAUGAAUCUCUGGCCACAGUUGACCUAAACCUUAGUGAGAUCACCAGUGUCAAGUGUCGUAUCUAUACUCUCAACAGUGACAUCAGUAUCUGCACUGAUGAGUAUGCCAGCAAAGUUAUGCAGCGGUGCCUCUCCAUCCCAGUAACCAUGCGAGCAGUGAUACGAAAGGCACAGGGUCAGCGAGCGCGCAUGUCCAGCCAAGGGGACUCGUACUGCAAUGCACUGAACAGCAGUGGAAACACGUACCUGACUGGUCUGCCUGGUUAUGGCCCCAACCCAGCAACUGGCUCAUUCGGUGACUUCACACCUGCUGGCAAGGCUGACGGCUAUCGGGAAUCUGAAGAGGAGCCCGGCACACUCGGUUCGCUUCUGGGAGGGCCACUGCCAUCGCAGAGCCCCAACAUGAUGUUGAUGAGCAUGCUGAGCGACGUGCCCUCGGCAAGCAACUCACCCGCUGCUCCAGGGUUUCCUUUUUUAGGCCAGGCCAAGCCUCGGAACAAACGCAAGAGAAAAGCGACGACUUCAUCAGAUGGCCGCAGCCCCAAACGCAGAGAAGAUGAUGGCGGCGGGACAGAUCCAGAGGAGGAGCCUUUUUUAGAGUCUGAAGCGGGGCAGAACAAGGCGGCGCUUCUGAACCCCGCUGAGCCGGCUGGCGCCACCGCGGAACCUGCCACUGACAACACCGCCAGCUUCCUCCAGGGCGGAGGCGGCACACUGUUCCCGGAGGAAGGUGCAGAUCCGGGGGAGACAAACAGGCCUCCGGGCCGGAAGGUCAAGCGUGUUCGCAGCGAGGAGGCUCGGGAAGACAUCAAGCUCGAGAGGGAGGGCUCUCGGUCCCAGGACAGUGGUCCAAAAAACUUGCUUCCCGGUGGGGACUCCGAUAAGCUGUCCCGCUCGGCGUCACCACCGGUCAGCUUCAAAAUUGAAAAAUCAGGGGACAGUCUAAAGAUUUCCAAGACCGAAAGCAAAUCAGGGUCCAAGCCCCGUGAUUCAUCGGAGCUAAGAAAGAAGAUGGAUAACAAGAAGGAACGUAAGAGAAAAAGAGCCGAGAGUGUUGACUCCGGAUGCCGUCAGCCAGCUGUGGCUGCUUCUCCAGAGCCACUAGAACUCUCCCAGCAGGCUUUCAACCUAACAACAAAGCCACAUGGCUCAGUGAGCCCUUCAACAUCUCGCCCUCCUCUGAAAAAGUCUGCCAGUUCAUUUGUGAGUAAUGGAAAGAAACUUUCAAAACCACUCCAGCCUGCACCUUCAAGCAGUUUAAAGAGCAGUACAGAGGCUGAUAACCGGUCCAGCUGUGAAUCUCCCCAGAAAAGCAGCCCCAGUAAGCCAGUGUCUUCUGUGUCAGGUAGCUCGUACGUACCGAGUAGCAGCCCUGUGACAAAGCAGCCUCCAUCAUCGCCGACAGGGACAUUGAAGUUGAAGCACCUUAAUUUGCCUUCGUCAACCACAAUCACACCAGUUGUGGCUAAGCCUUCUUUACCAUCACCAACAUCUACUGCGCCUCCCAGUAUUACAAUAGUGCCUACUACAUCUGUAGCUGGUGGCUCUAACAACCUAAACAAACCACCAAAGUCACGCAAGGGUUGUUUAAAUGCAGUUAUUGCCAAGCUAACCAACACAAUCGCAUCACCCAUUGGACCACCAGUUCCUGAGCUUCCAGGUAGUAGGCCAGACAUAACUUUAAAAUCAUGCGAGAAGAGAGACAGUCCGACGUUGGGCAAAGAGGUCAAAGAAGGAAGGACACCAUCCGCCGAAGGUAGCACAGUAAAGGAAGGUUCAGGUAUCAAGCUCACGGUCACCAAAACGUCUGGAAUUUAUAAGUGCUCUUCAGGAAAGGCCAAAAUGGGUGCCUCAUCAUCCAAGGGAAGCCUCUCAAGUGGGGCAAAAGUCAAAAGCUCACAGAAGCUGAGUGGCUUGCCUGUAGGGGUACCAGCCAAGAAACUUCCCACCAAGAGUCCUGGCAAAGCUCAGUCCAAGCCAGGGGUUCAACCCAUGCUGACAGUGCCACGCCUGGUGCACUUCCAACGCUCGUGCCACGUGUAGCACAACAAUGCAGGCUCUCUGAAAAACUCGCCUAAACUUGCCGCCGUGGGCAAGGCAGGCGCACGUCCAGAGAAGAAACCUAGUGAAACCACAAAGCCCAUCGUUGAGAAGGAAGCCACCAAUUUGAUGCCACCGCCUCUGCAUUCUAGAACUGGACCCAAGAGCAGCGAAGGUGGCCAGCCUCUGCCCGAUGAAGCUGCCCUGAGGAUGCUCCUCGGUCCUGGGGAAAGUCCAGAUGACGACCAGUGGCGUGCACUGAAGGGGAACGUGGGUAGCGAAGAGCACCUGGCAGCCAAGGUUGAAAAUGGACCAGAAGUUGGACCUGUGGCCUUAACAGUGCCACGGGUCCCUCCUGAAAUUCGCACCUCCGAGGACAAGGGACCCACUACAGCAGCUCCGCUUCCAGUUUCCUUAACCAAGGCAGCACCUGCAGCUACUGUCCCUGCCGGUGACGAUGACAGUAGCCCUGAGGAUGGCCUCGUCAUCGAUUUUGCUAUGGACAGCAAGAAGGUGGCGCCUCCUGUAUGUCACAGCCCCCCACGGCCUCCAGAGCCUGUGGUGGCCCCCGAGCUGCCAGCUAGAGCGUCACCAGCGCUCAGUCUCAGUGCCAAGUCACCAUACUUCGUGCCGUCCCCAUCACUCAAAUCUCCACAGGCGGGGAGCCCACCCUCCAACCAUUCAGUGUCAAGCUCACUUUCGAGACCCUCACCCUGUGUCAUUGAUGACGACCUCAUGGACGAAGCUAUUGUGGGGCUCGGAAAGUGAUGCAUCCUCCUGUCGUGCACUGCGUGCGUAUUGAACGCUUCUGAGGUAGCUGUGCUCCGGGACAGUGCUGAGAAGUUAACAUGUGCCUUUGUGCGUUGUGCAGCUAGUUGCUGUCAACAAACUCGUGCAGUGUUAAUCGUAGCUACUGCAAGUGGAGCAGCUAACCCAAAGCACCUUCUGCAGCACAGUUGGACUUAUUUGACUGCCAUGUAGAUACUGUACAUAACUUUUUAAGAAGUAAUGUACAUUAAGUGUUUGUGUAACCAUUGUGAUUUUAAUUUACCUCAGCCCAGGACAGCGUUGGACAGUUUAUGUGGGUGCAAAUACAUGCAUACUGCAUGAAGCAAAAAAAAAGUGCUUAUGGCCUUUUACUAUUAGAGCUACUAUCAUCUUUGUUGACUUGUAGUAUAAACAGUUGCCCAUCUUGGAGAAUGACAGCAGGGUUUUGUUCACAACUUUAGCUGAAAGUGGCAGACGGCUGAGUCGCAUCACUUUGUUGUCAUUGACGAUAUUUAUUGUGGAAUCAUUGCAUUUCACCUUAUGACGCAAGUGCUCAGUCUUCAAGAGUCUGGAUGCCUUCACUGUACUAUAUGGCAAGCUUGCAUCGGCACUUGUUGCUAACACCGCCAAUUUGAACUCGGCAGCGCCUUUCUAACGAACACAUCUAUUGUGCUGUUAUUCUUAUGUUGAUAACAGCACACCAUAAAAACAUCGAGCAUGAAUUGGUCCAGGCAAAUGUCUCCUGAUGAGCUCAAUGUUAAGUGGGCUGACGCGAUAACUUGAUAGACAAAUAAAAGACAAAUCACCUGAUGUCCUAGAAGUUGUGGUUCCGCAUGUCUUCAAGUUGGCUGUCGUCUAAACUUAAUCCGCAUUUUUUCUGUGUAGCCGUGUGUUAAUGAGGCGCUUCCCCUUUUCCCCCAUUUAUAAUGCACAAGUUCAAUACAAGUAUCUGUCUAAAUACAUAUUGCGCCGGUUGCAGCUCUCUUUGGUGCUUUUGGCACUAUACAGGUCGUCUGAUGUAACUUGAGCCAAGACUUUAAAACGAAAGGCACGUUUGAAGCAAAUUGAACUGAACGCAUUCUAUUUGCACUAGCCUAUAGUUACUCAGGCUAUUUCUUGUAUUCCCCUUAAAUCAUUAUGUUUAAUUACCCAACUUUUUAAUUACUGGCUGAAGACCCAAAGUAUGAUCGCAGAGAACUAUAGGCUAGCGCGAAUAGUAUUCGUUCAAUUCAAUCCACUUCGACAUGCAUUUUUAAAGUCUUGGCUCAAGUUACAUGGGACAACCUGCAGAAUAUAGAUAACACAGACCUUGUGGUUGCGUCAGCGGUUGCUGAGUGUGGGCAUUUCAGAGGGCUAGGGCAUGUCAGCAAUUGUUUCUGUUUAUUGGAGACAUCUACUAGUACUGUCGCAGCAACGAAGGCUACAUUCCAAGCAAACCUAACUGGGCGAGUGUUGUGCAAUCCAAGGUCACGUGUUUCCUUGUAGAGGUAGCUGGUUUUCCAUUUGUGCAAUGUUUUUCACUCCAUCUGCGGUGUGAUUACACUGCAGAUGGGCCCAAAACUGGUACUUCUGCAUUGGUGCUGCUGGUGAAAGCAUUGCUUGGAGCAUGGUUUAUUGAUUUGUGCCUUCGAGUGGGCUGCUGCACCAAUUGCGAUGAAAUUUGCAUAAUUAGGGUCGCAAUACAUAUGUAAAUUUUUAGUAGUAUAAUAAUUGCAUAAUUAUUACCUGUAAUAUUUAUUUGCAACUAGCAUGCGCUACUAUGAAGACGUCACGACAGCUACACCCUCGCUGGCACUUCUGCUCUUGCUACUGCAACAGGCCAUGGGUAUCCAUGGGCCAUGAUGGAUACCCAUGGGGACAUGAGUAUCCAUCAACAGGCAGUGGGUAACUCCAGACAUCAGAGUUUAACAUAGGACUCCCUAACAAGGGAGUGUCAUAAUAAGUGUUACAAAAAUUGGAUAAGUAUUAUAUUGUGAAUCUUUGACUUACUCAUCUGUAGCAUAUCCAACAGUAUGUCACAACGUGUGCAUAUUAUCUACCCGAGACACCAACGACUACACAUUGGGUUACUUGUUUCUUCACAAUGGCUCAUUAUGUACCUGCUCACGUUCAGUUGAUUGUUGCAUGCAAUGCUGGUACAGCUAACUUGCCACGUAGUGAAUGUAUUGAUUGAUUAAUAAACAGCAGCUUGUUUUUUA